AUGCACCGCCCAUGGACUGAUCCGUCUCCGGCCGCAUUUUCGAGAUCAAGCCUGAUUUGUCUGCGAGCCGCGUCGUCGUCGGUUCCUUCGAUGAUCGUCGCUGGCGUUCUCCUGGCGCUGGCGACCAGCCAAACCUUCGCUCUCCAAGGCGCCGUCGAUCCCGACUAUUCUGAUCAACUCCAGGUUUUACCACUUAUGUCUGUGCUUUUCGAAUCUCUCAUCAGACUUUCCAGGUUUCAUCCUUUCCAAUUCAAUCUGAGAAGGCCGUUCAGUUAAACUCUAACUCAGCUAAAGCAGGUCUUUCAAUUAAAUUUUGACUUUCUUCGUUUUGAAAAAAAUUUUAUAUUAUUUUUUUGCAAAAAUACUUCAUGAUUUGAGAAUUUUUGCAGAAGUCUCUCAGUCCAACGAGCCCAAAAAUUCAACGCUAGAAGUAAGCUGAUUUUGAUAUUUUCUCAUUGCGAAAUUUUUAGGAAGUCCCUUCAAUAAUGGAUGAAAUGAGCGUUCGGAAAGCCUUCCUAGAAGUUUGCCAUUUUUCCGUCUCCGAAAAAGUUUGAGAGAAACUAUUUGAGGUUCGCCAGGCGUAUGAGAACAUCAAGAAAAAGUGGAAAGAAGCUCAAGCACGGAAGAAAGUAUUUUGAAAAGAAUGGAAUCAAAAAAAUCGAAAUUCUUUAUUUCAGAACAUGGCUUCAGAUUCUGCCGACGGCAGAAGGUUACCAGAGUGAGUGAAUUUGAAGUCUCUGAAGAAACCAGAUGUUUAGACUUCCAAAGUUCUUGGGUGGAAACGACUUGCAGAUGAUGGACAUCGAUUCAAUGGACAUUGGCAGCGGCCUCGAAAACUUAGCGGAAAUCGAGGCCGACUUGGAUGGUCCCAACGACUUUCUCGACAUUUCUGCGCCAAUUAUUCAGGCCGAAUCCAAUGAUGUCCAGUCAGAAUCACAUGAUUUCCAAAUUGCUCCAACAGUUCUGAAAAUGAUGACAGAUACUCCGAAAGAGCAGGCUACAGAUAAGCUGGUGACAAUCGCGCUGCCCGAUGAACUGCCAGAAGAAGCCAGCAGCUUAACCCCGAGACCAGAGAUAAAAACAACUCCAGUGAUUGAACCUGAGUCUACUAUCUCUACUGAAGCUCCGACAACACCUGAAAUAACCACAGAACCUAGUACCACGACAGAAACUACCACAACAAGUACUACUACGAGUACAACCACGAGCACGACCACGCAACCCAGCCCUUCGACAACAGAAGAAGCGACUUUCAAAGUGGAAAUCGAGGAAACAACUCCAAUCUCUUCAGAGAUAAUUCAGACAUCUUCAACGAUCCCAGUUGGAGUAGUGGAGCUUCAGCAAGUCCCAGAAAUGGUUCAGACCGCUCCAAUGGCUUCCGAAAUGAUCCAGACAGCUCUCAGGGCUUCAGAAACAAUCCAUACCCCUCAAAUAGCUCCCGAAAUGGUACAAGCACCUCCGAUAGCUCCGGAGAUUUUUCAAACAGCUCCAUUGGCCUUCGAGAAGGUCCAAGCAGCAGAAAUGGCUCCAGAGAUCGUUCAAGCAGUACCAGUGGCUUCAGAAAUGGUUCAAGCACCUCCGAUAGCCUCAGAAAUGGUUCCAACAUCUCCAGUAGCUUCAGAAGUUUUCCAGACCGUUUCAAUAUUUCCAGCGAUGAUUCAAACAGCUCCAGAAAUGGCGAAAGCAAGUUCAAUGGCUACAGAGAUGAUUCAAACAGCUCCAAUGGCGUCAGGAGUAGUCUCAGAGUUCCAGCAAGCUCAAGGAAUCAUGACAGACCUAGAACCGUCGAAGUUGAAUGGAGAGACGAUGACAAUCAGAAAUGAACAGCCAACAGCAGCACCAGCGCUUGCAGUGAAUUCGGAAGGACACACAAGCUCGUUCUCUUUGUCGAAUCGAAACUUCAUUUCGAGCGUGCAGAUGGCCCUCCCACCUCUAGACGCAGUCGUUGGGAAGAAAAAAAGGAAGAACAGAAAAAAGCCGAGAUCUGUGGACCAAGUCCUUCUGCUUUCUGGAGAAACAAUUUCAUCUGAUGUGGAUCCGUGGGAAACAGCUCCUUUUUUCCAUUAUAAAAAUACCUCUUCAGAUUGGGAGUUGAAUUGGAAGAGUUGGCGCGCAUGAGACCAAAAAGCGAAACUGACGAACUUGAGGUGAGAACUACAAUCAUAACCUUUGAUAAACCCAGAUUGAGGAAAUUGGAAACACGAUAGAAGAAGAUAUGAAGAAAAUAAUGAAAGUGAAAAGUGAGUCGCUCCAUUUAUUGUGUAUUGUGCAAUUUUUCUCAGAAGGAAAAGCUCAAAAUUGUUUGGACUACGGCGAAGGAAUGGACAUACGCAUCUUGGUAAAUAUAGAAACAGAUUUCUUUAAAACCCUAAUAGGAGCAUUUCUCAAUCCAGAAAAAACCUUUAUUUCAGAGGAUUGACGAGAUCCGUCACAUGGCUCAGGCUCUCGGGAUGACUGACAUGGCCAGUGUGCUCAAGGAUAGUUCAGACCCCAGAAACCUCAGACGCGGAAACGUUUAAUUAAAAAGAUCGCACAGAAAAAAUUCUUUGUUGUCAGUUGGAUGUGCAACUACAAAGAAGGCGAAUCCUCGUAGCCCAACUAGAGUUGCUGGUUUCCUUGGCCGAGGCGAAGUACGAACUUGCGCAGGUCCUCGGAAGGCAGGAAAACGCGUUGAGAAAGUUUGAAGCGACCCUGACACGUAGAAGUUCUCGCAUCGGAGGUCUGUUUUCAGGAUAUCCAGACGGAAAGAAAAUCCUUCCAGGAAACGAUAUGAAGCCGUUGAGUCGCGCGAUUGCCGUAGAACCGACCAAGACGGGGCUCACUCCAGUCCAGCAAGUCCCACCUUCCUUGUCCCACGUUCAGGAGAAAAACCUCCCACUCGCAGGGAGACCUGAUCCAAUGUCGGAUAUGGGAAUACAGACACCCCUAGACCAGCAACAACCGCGUUGUCCGUUAUGGACGGUGGCUUCGCAUUAUUUUCUUUUUCAGACCGUUUCCCACCUUAUUCGCCGCCCAUCUUCUUUGCGAAUUCUUUGGUAUCUUCUCCAGACAAAGAGACGUCGUCUAGAACCGGGCAGAGGACAAGAAAAAGGUCCAGGCGACCGCAAUCUAUCGACUCAGAUCCACCCAAACUCAACAUGGCUCUGCUGCCGCCGCCACAGCCUUUUGGUAAUUUUUCUGUUAUUUUUCUUCACAGAAAAGGCCUUCCAGUUGUACGUCGCCCUACGGUUCCUCCGUCCCAACGUCUAACCAACCAAAUCAACUUGAUAGCGCCACCGCCGCCGCCAAGCGACGAGGAAAUGCAUGAACUGCUGGACCGGCUCCACGAUGAACUUCGAGAUUCUGUCGUGUACGCAUAACACUGCCUUCAAACAAAAAUGAUUUUUUUCAGGCCUGACGACACCCAGGACUGUCUUCAAGUCGAGUGCAACUUCGAACAAGGUUUUUCUGUUUCACGUCUCGAAAUAAAAAGCUGGCAGGGAACUUGUGUCGCUACGAAACAUCGCACGAUGAGGUAACCAAGCGUCGCGAGAAGAGACAAGUCGGCGAUGAGACUUUCGUGUCUCUCACCGACAUUUUGCCCCUGACCAUCCGAUCCUGGAGCGUCUGGACGGGCAGAAAAGCCGCUUAUCAACAGAACAUCGACGUCGGACGUGAGUUCCCACGUUGAAUCAGGGUAAUAAGGAGAUUACAGCGGAGUUUGGCAAGGAAAACCGACAGUUUGCCGCAGUUUUACUUGAACCACAGCAAGUUGGCGUCCUGACUACGGCGGUACUAAAUUUUUCAGAAGGAAUAAGUCAAGGAUUGUUUCAGUUGACGCCUUCGGAUCAACAGCUUGAGAUCCGAUUCCGGUUGUUUGAAGCGACACGGGGACUUCAGCUGAGGGUGUGCUGCGACUCGGUCUGUCCUCUCCAAACAGAAGAAGGAAUUCUUCGAGGUCAUCGACGUUGGCUCCGGCGGUCCAUCACGUGUCCUCAGUACACGCGAAACGUGAGUAGUCCAUCAGAAAGGUGCAGAAAGAACAGAAGAAUCUUGCAGCUUACCUUCGAGUGCAAAAACACUGGCCAGGCGAGGGCGGCCUGCGGCGUCGACGACGUCUUCCUCGCCUCUUCGGCCAAGUGUCGCAAGUUCUUCGACGCCCUCGACCAAAAACCUUAA